AUUUGUUAACUUUCCCGUUUACAACAAAACUGAUCUUGUCAUUUAGUAGGAGACACAACAGAUUCCUUUUUACCACUUCUCUUCCCCGAGCUUUACUCUCCAUGGCCAAUUGUCCUCCCCUGCAGCCACCCACUCCAUUCGUACGGAGAGACCAGAACCACAAAACAAAUUCCGUAUCCCCCUUUCUGCUCCCGAGCUUGCUCUCCAUGCCCACGAAUUAUCACCCUCACCAGCUACAUUUUCAACUGCGUAUUCGUUUAGUCAGCAGCAAUGGAUUUUCUUCACCUUCUCCUCCUCUCGCUUCUCGCCGUCUCCACUUGCUUCCUCCUGAAAUUCGCCCACUCCGUCAUCUGGGUUCCCUUCGCGAUCCAGCGCCACUUCAAAAACCAAGGAAUUUACGGCCCCGGUUACCGUCCGAUCGCCGGGAAUUCGGCCGAGAUCCGCAGCCUCUUUGCCCGAGCAGCUCGGUCAAAGCCCAAGUCAACGCCGGCGGCGGCGGCGGCGGCAGCAGGAUUCUUCCACCACCGCGACGUCGUCGCCAGGGUGUCCCCAUUCUACCACGAGUGGUCGCGCGCGUACGGGAAAAGUUUUCUGUACUGGUUUGGGCUCAGGCCCAGAUUGGCCGUGACGAGCCCGGAAGUGAUCAAGGAGGUGCUGUUGAACACGGGCGGGUCGUUUGGGAAGGUCCGGUUGAACCCGCUGUCCAAGCUGCUGUUCGGCGAGGGGCUUAUUGGGCUCGCGGGUGAUAAAUGGGCCCUUCAUAGACGGAUCACAAACCAGGCCUUCAACAUGGAGAGAGUUAAGGAAUGGGUGCCGGAGAUUGCGUCCAGCGCCGGGAAAGUGCUGGAGAAAUGGGAAUUCAUAAGAGGAGAAAGGGAAGAGUUCGAGAUCGACGUCCACAAAGAAGCCCACAACCUGUCGGCCGAUAUCAUCUCAAGAACUGCCUUCGGUAGCAGCUUCGAAGAAGGGAGACGGAUCUUCGUCCUCCAGGAUCAGCAACUGGAUCUCGUCUCUCUCGCCCUGAGAAGCGUCUACGUCCCAGGGUUCAGGUUCCUGCCCACGAGGAAGAACAGGGAGAGGUGGAGAUUGGAGAAGGAGACUCGGGAUUCAAUUAGGGUUUUGAUUUGGGGGAACGGCAGGGGAUUGGGGGAUUCCAGAAAUCUGCUGACUUUGCUGACGUCUUCGCACAGGAAUCAGGACGAUGUGAUAGACGAAUGCAAGACGUUUUACUUUGCGGGGAAAGAAACGACUGCUAAUCUCUUGACUUUUGCUCUGCUCCUGUUGGCGAAUCAUCAGGAAUGGCAGGAGAAGGCUCGGGAGGAAUUGAUUCGUGUAUGUGGAAGAAGAGACCAACCUCUCGUUGCAGAGAAUCUGAGGGAGCUUAAGAUUUUGAGUUUGAUAAUCAACGAAACUCUAAGAAUGUACCCUCCAGCAGUGAUGAUAAUGAGGGAGGCCACCAAGAGAGUGAAGCUGGGCAGCCUGGAAGUUCCUGCAGGAACACAACUCUACGUCCCUGUGAUAGCCAUUCACUACGACUCUGAAAUAUGGGGUGGAGAUGCUCAUGAGUUCAAUCCUUCACGGUUCGAGGAGCCUCGAAAGCAUAUGGCUUCGUUCUUCCCCUUUGGAAUCGGUCCCAGGAACUGUGUGGGUCAGAAUUUGGCCGUCGUUGAAGCCAAGAUAGUGUUGGCUACCAUCAUCAGGAGCUACUCUUUCGUAUUGUCCCCAACUUAUGUUCAUGCCCCUAUGGUUUUGAUCAGCUUGCAGCCUCGGUAUGGAGCUCAGAUUGUGUUUAGAAAGAUUUCUGGAAAUGGAGACUCGUAGGCGCCGUGUUGUUAGAGAUGGUUGCUUGAUCAUGAGACUAGUGUACGAUUGCAAUUUUGUAUGAUUGUUUGUAUUGUGGAAUAUCUAAAUGGUCAGAAUCUGUACAUUGAACUCGUCAACACCUUCAUCAUUCAUGUUCAAAAUUUGUGGAUUCCUCUGUGAGGUCACACCCUAUGGCUGGCGGCCUUCAUCAGUCGACAGUCAUGUUCAAAUUUGUGGAUUCCUCAAUGAGGUCACAUCCUAUGGCUAGGCGGCCAGCGCGGAAUCAACAGCUAGCUUGUUCAACAAUCUCAUAAUCCUCCAUUUUUGUUGUUGUUUGAAGUUGUUAUCAAUUCUUUCUUUGUAUAGAUACCAUAAAGGCAUAAACCUUUCCAAGAGUACACUUUGAACAUAUAGUGUAUCCAAUAUGCGC